AAUACAUUACCGUGAGCUGUCAUUGUCAUUCAGCUUCGUCGCCGAACGAGAAAAUAAAGGCAGAUUUUCCUGAAAUUACACGAAAAUAUGCAAGGUCCAGCAAUCUUUAUCGACUUAACGCUUGAAGAUCAGGCACAAGAGUUGCGAAAAUACUUCAAGAAUUUGGGUGCGGAAAUCUCGGAGGAGAAAUCAACCAAAGGCAUUGAAGAUGAUUUGCACAAAAUAAUUGGCGUUUGUGACAUUUGCUUCAAAGAUGAGCCCGCAAGUGUAAAUGCCGUGUUGGCAAGCAUUGUCUCGAUUAUGGUUUCCAUUACGUUGGAACGCGGCGAGAAUUUGGUCUUGUCUUUUUGUGAAAAAUUGACAAAAUCGCCCACAGUCGAUUUGCAAAGAGUUUGCUUGCAAUCUUUGUGGCGUUUGUUCAAUAAUUUGGAAAAAUCGUCGCCGUUGCGGUAUCACGUCUAUUACCAUCUCGUUCAAGUAGCGAAACAAGUAGAUUGCGUGCACGAAGUCUUCUCGGGAGUCGAACAAUUGAAGCAGCAAUUCACAAUGUGUCCUCCAUCGAACGAGCAAAUGCAAAAACUCUACAGACUUUUGCACGACGUUUUGCGUGACACCGACACAGAACUCGCUGCCAAAGUCAUGAUCGAACUUUUGGGCACUUAUACAGCGGAAAAUGCCUCGUAUGCGCGCGAAGACGCCAUGAAAUGCAUUGUGACGGCUCUCGCUGACCCCAACACUUUCCUCUUGGAUCCCUUGUUGUCACUGAAACCCGUUCGUUUUCUCGAGGGCGAACUCAUUCAUGACUUGUUGUCGGUUUUCGUGUCGGAAAAACUCCCCAGCUACAUCCAAUUCUACCAGAAUCACAAGGAAUUCGUUACGUCGCAAGGUCUUAAUCACGAACAAAACAUGAAAAAAAUGCGUCUCUUGUCGUUCAUGCAACUCGCCGAAAGUAAUCCAGAAAUGACUUUCCAACAGCUCCAAGAUGAAUUGCAAAUUAACGAAGAAGAUGUCGAACCGUUCAUCCUUGAAGUUCUGAAGACGAAAUUGGUGCGUGCCCGCAUGGAUCAAAGCGCGAAAAAAGUUCACAUUUCAAGCACAAUGCAUCGAACAUUCGGUCGUGCCCAAUGGCAAACGCUGCGUGACUUGCUCCAAACAUGGAAAAAUAACUUAGUAUUUGUACAAGAAAACAUGGGAAAAGCCAUUGAGGCUGCCGAAGCCACAAAUUAGACCAUAAAGAGAGUUCAUUUUGUAUUCAGGCGCUUGACUUUUGAAGUUCGACAACUUUUCCAACAUUUUUAAAUUUUAAUUUAAUUGUAUCUGAUCAAAAAAGAAAAAAAAAACACAUAAAGAGUAGUUGUUAAGAAAGGAAAGAUUUUCUAAUAAUAAUCCACGUCGGAUUAGUUUAGGAUAUUUUUGCUUGAGCACCAAAGUCAUUCACGAAAAAGAUUUUUGAUGAAAAAUGAAGGAAUGAAAAAUAAAAUCUUGUGUGCCAGCAAACAAAAAA